AUGACGACGGUAGUGGAGAUGGAGGUGCCCAUGGACUGUCCUGGUUGCGAGAAAAAAGUUAAGCAGGCUCUUGACAAGAUUAGGGGAGUCCACGAUGUUCAGAUAGAUGCGAAACAGCAGAAAGUGACGGUGACCGGUUCGGUGGAGCCGAAGAAGCUUCUGAAAGUUGUAAGAAAUGUUACAGCUGGGAGAGAGGUGUGCCUAUGGUCGCGGCCUUACCACGCGGAAUCUAAUGGAUUUCACGACAGGUACUUCCAGAAGAAGUUUCGCAAAAAAAUCAACAUGUCGAAGAAUGGUGAGAAAGUGAGUAAUUACAACUACUACGAGCAUGGAUGCCACGGACACGACCAUGGUUACCGUCAGGAACGGCCUUAUUCGGGUCUUAUCGACGAGAACGCUAGUUCUAUGUUCAGUGAGGAAAACCCUAAUUUCUGUGCCAUCAUGUGA